GUUCACCCAGCCCACUUCUGGAGCCAUUGUUUCCUAAUUCCACCAGAAACUAGCUUUUGUUCUAUAGCCAUGGCGGUUGUCCACAGCUUAUGCUCCUCACCACGACAAAUACGUAGUUGCUGUAUGCCGUGUUUCUAAGAACGCUAUCAUAUUCCCCUUCCUUAACGUUCUACGCACCUUAGUUGAAAUUAGGGCAAUGAAGUUUCUCGAGUAUACGCCUCUCGCGAGGCUCAACUCCUUUCUCUCACACCUCAACCUUCGCGAUCACCAACUGCAGGGACUUCUAGAAGCUUACUCGUGUAAAGCGGCAGGGAUCGACAAGAAGCUGUCAAGAAGCGUGGAGCAAGAGGUGGUGGAUGCUCUUGCUGCGUCGCCCAUGGAGCUAGCAGCCUCACCGGUUGGCCCGCUCUCCACCUCUCAAAGUCGCAAGACCCUUGUGUACCUCAUCCUCACACUCAACCACGUGUAUCCCGACUACGACUUCAGCACGCUGCGGUCGCACCACUUCAGCAAGGAGAGCGGGCCCGGAGCAGUGAAGGACCCCAUAGACCAGCUGCUGCGCGAAGCAGCCAAGCUGUGGGAGGAUGAGAUGGGCAGUGACGUGGCCUUUGCAGACGCGCUCUGGUCGUCGAUAGAUGAUGUGAUACAGCUGAGCGAGUGCGAUGUGUACAGUUACCAGCCAGACGUUGACACUGACAUUUUCACUGACAGCAACAGCAUAUGGUCCUUCAACUAUUUCUUCUACAAUCGCAAGCUCAAGCGCGUGCUCUACUUCACAUGCCGCUGCCGAAGCAAGGUGGGAGCGGAGGACUCGUCAUCUGAGGAAGGGGACAGCGAUGGGGGCUAUGGCGACAUGGCAGCAGACAUGGACCUCUAGCUUGUUGAGACAUGGACAUGGCAACUCGAGUACUCUAUAAAAUGUCUCUCAGCCGACCCUGACCUCUAGCUUCUUCCCACGUGCCUUGCCACUUGCCGCAUCACUUGCCGCACCGCGCGCUGCUGUGUCAUGGGCCGCGUCAUUUGCUGUGACGCUUGCACUGUGAGGAGGAUUACAUGUGCUGCUGUGCUGUGCUGGGCUGGGCUGUGCUGUGCUGUGCUCUGCUGUGCUGUGCUGUGCUGCUCUGUGUGGAGUUGGCAGCUUGGCAUUCCUGUGGCAAGCAGCAUACCAUAGAUCAGCUCAUACCGGUCCGGUACACUGCCAUGUCAUCACUGCCAUCACUGCCAUGCCAUCACUGCCACCUUGUGGGACAAUCCUGAACAAUGGAUGUUUGAGACGCCUCGAAACUGUGCUAGGGUGCUGCUGCCCUUCUAAUUCCAGGCCUUGCAAUGUGACUGAAUGUGAUGUGAUGCAGUGUAGCCCUUGAUAGUGUUAGACAUAUGUGUGUGUUAAGUAUGCUACAUAGGGUCAUGCCAUAAGGAGUACAACCCACUAGCUAUAUACCCCUGUAUACUCUCGUUCU